CCUGUGAAAGGUAAACAAAUGGCGACCUCGACCUGCACUUCAAGCCGUAAAAUGAUUCAAAAUGUAAGCCGAAUACGCAUAUACCGUUCAAAAUGCCCGGACAGAAGAGAAAAUAUAAUGUUCGCUUUCCACCCGGACGCAUCAAGAAAAUUAUGCAAAAAGAUACAGAGGUUGGACGGAUCGCUACAGCUGUACCGGUCAUCAUAUCUAAAGCUUUAGAAAUCUUCCUCAAGUCUCUUCUCACCAUGACCAGUAAAAUGACCCAGUCGAGGAAGAGCAGAGUGAUGUCCAUCAGUCACAUGAAACAGUGUAUUCAUUCAGAGAAGUUGUUUGACUUUCUGAAAGAUCUGGCAGAUCAGACCUCUACCGCAUCAACAUCGGAGUGCAAAACUAAGGGCAAAUGGCAGUCACACAGGAAACGUUGGCAAAGUGUGUCGAUAAAAGCCAGGUCACCUGAGAGGGAGGAGUCACCCCAGAAAUCCACCAAUGAUCUGGUCAUCAAAAGUGAUUCAUCCAGUGAAUCUGAGCUUUUCAUCUGUUUGGAAACUCAUUCACCAUGACAGGCCUUUCGAAAAGGUGAGAUAUUUUUGCAGGACUAAAUAUAGACAACCAGGCCUUGUGAAAUUAAAGGGAUAGAAGUAUAGACAAAACUGAAAAUUCUUCUAUCAUUUUACCCAACCUUAUGUCAUUUCAAACCUGUAAGAAUUUCUUCGUUCUGAAGAACGAAAAACAGAUAUUUUGAAUAAUGUUGGUAACCAAACAACAUUGCCCCUCAUUGAUUUCAAUAGAAUAUACAAAAUUACCCAGACAUUUAUCAAAAUAUCGUCUUUUGUGUUUCACAGACGCAAGUUAUAUAAAAAAAUCUAAUGGGAAGACAGGAAAACUUGGUGGUUAAACGAUGCUUUUAAGCCCCACAGAUGUGGAAGUGUAUAGCGUUCUUUCCUUGUUCCCCCCAAAAAUCAUGUGUAGAAUGUGUAUCAUGUUCAGUUUUCAGCUAAUUUUAAUUUUUCACUGUAUUCUUAUUCUUCUAGUAACACUAGAUCCACCAGUCUCUCAUACAGAAAACUGCAGUAUUAUUUAUGAAGACCCAACAUCUUUUUUGGGAAUGAUGUUAAUUCUUAGCAUCUGACAUAAAUAUAUAGUAUUUUUUUUAAUUUGUUCAUUUGAUUUGCUGUUUUGUUAGAUUGAAUUUAUGGAUGACAUUGUUUUCAUAGGAACUGUCACUGAGUAAAUAAGUUUUAAAUUGAGUUAAGGAGAAAAGUAAAUUUGUUUAUUAUAUAAUAGAGACAAUUUGGUAGUUAGCAGCUCCAGUAAUUUUCUUUCAGUUGGAUUCAUAAUUAAAACUGUAGUUUGAACGGUCUAGUGUUUACAAUCUUACAUUAUUUUGAGCAAUGAAUUAAAUAAUAAUAUAGAGAAUAGAUAAAUAUGUAUAUUAUUGUCUUUCUAAUGGUCUUAAAACAGGUCAGUGGCUUAUUCUGAUGGUUUAGGAGGUUAAGCAGCAUACUGUAACCAAAAUGUCAAUUGUAUUUUAUAGUAAAUGUUCUGUAAAAUAUAUUUUA